CCCCACCUUCUUCCAGUUCCAGCGCUCACCACCCACCAGCGAAUCCCCCCAACCCGAAGCAUCGAUGGCCCCCAAGGCGGAGAAGAAGCCGGCGGCGAAGAAGCCCGCGGAGGAGGAGCCGACGACGGAGAAGGCCGAGAAGGCCCCGGCGGCGAAGAAGCCCAAGGCCGAGAAGCGGCUGCCGGCGGGCAAGACCGCCUCCAAGGAGGGCGGCGAGAAGAGGGGCCGCAAGAAGGGAAAGAAGAGCGUGGAGACGUACAAGAUCUACAUCUUCAAGGUGCUCAAGCAGGCCCACCCCGACAUCGGCAUCUCCUCCAAGGCCAUGUCCAUCAUGAACUCCUUCAUCAACGACAUCUUCGAGAAGCUCGCCGGCGAGGCCGCCAAGCUCGCCCGCUACAACAAGAAGCCCACCAUCACCUCCCGGGAGAUCCAGACCUCCGUCCGCCUCGUCCUCCCCGGCGAGCUCGCCAAGCACGCCGUCUCCGAGGGAACCAAGGCCGUCACCAAGUUCACCUCCUCUUAGAUUCCGCUGCCUGUAUCUGCAACUAGAAGAAGUGUUAGUGCUGGCUGGAAAUAGUUGAAAGCUUGCCAAUGCUUUGUUGGCUCGUUGAUUGUAAGGGGUGAAUUUGUGCUGCUUUUGGCAAACUAAGAAUUCGAAAGUAAAACGAUUCAUUUCUGC